AUGAAGGGAGUCAUCAGACCUCCCAGCUCAGGCAAGGUGCAAGUCAAAGUCCUCGCCAUCGGCAUCACCCAGCAAGUCUUCAACCGCAUCGCUGAGGGUCACCCCACCACCAGCUCCGAAAAACUCCCCUUCGACCCCACUGUGGACGGCGUGGUCCAGGACGAAACCACUGGCAACAUCUACUACACACACCUGUUCCAGAUCCCCCGUACCUUCGACCCGAUCAAGGUCGCCGCUCUCUCUGGCCCCUGGCUACUCAGCUGGGGAAUGCUCCUCACCUGCGCCAAACGCAAGGUACUCAUUAUCGGCGCGACGACUUGCGGCGGCCGUGCCGCAGCACAAGUUGCCCGCUGGGUCGGCGCCGCAGAGAUCAUCGGUGUCUCGGACGACGAAGCUGCCCUCGCCACAGUCCGCGAGCUCACCAACCGCGUUGACUUGAGCAAGCCCGAACAAUUCACUGAUAUCAAGGGCGUCAACUACGUGCUCGACUUCAUCGGCGGCAAAGCUGGCAGCAAAGUCAUCGGCCAGAUCAAUAACGGACGGCUGCUUUGCGAGCUCUUUUACAUGCCGGCCUGGGGCCCACGCGCUGGCGAGCCCUUCGUGAUGGACGCAACCAUGAUCAUCGCGAAAAGAAUCAGAAUCGUCGACCCAGCGCUCACUAUGUGGCGUCUGAUUACUCCUGAAAACCGGGAGAAGCUGCGCUUCGGGCUUCACCUGCUGGCGAUGCUGCGGGACAUGCCGUACGAGGUCGUUGCCAAGCCUCUGUCGGAGAUUGAGAGUGUCUGGGAUGAGGAGGAUUUCAAGACUGGAAAGAAGAUGCUCGUCCUGGUCCCCUCGAAGAAGAUUGAGGUGGAGGAGAAACCUGCCAGCUCGCGGGUUGGUGGCCUUUUCGCCGUUGGCUGUGCUGCGCCGCCAGUUCAGCCAUUCACCCAAGUCACUGGAAUGUCGUGGAUUCCACCGGCUAUUGCAGCGAAUAGACUGUGA